AUCUACCAUCUCACAAGAACGCCCUGCAACGAAACACAUUUGCCAGCCGAACGACUUCCUUGCGCCGAGCUCUUUGAAACAUUCCUUCAACAUUCAUUUCCAUCUCUAAAGAUCGAUAAAGAAGCCAUCUUUUAAAGUGAAUCAGCCUAGUCUAACGGGAACCCUCUUGCGCUGAGCGUAUCACCAAUCCACCUUCAGAUGGUUCUACAGCGCCGAUAGACGCAAGGCUUUGCCUUUUGGCUCUCCUAUCGAUCUACCUUUCUUUUCACAAAGUCCCGACUUCGUGGUCGCAAAGUCCAGACAGUACAGCGGCUAUGGCAGAUCCAGAGUUGGCACCCCCACCAUCUUCAGAUGGGAUAUCCGCUCCCGAUAUCAUGAACGACCCACAAUAUGCGACAAAUACAAUGGGUGGUGAAGACGGAAUGGGAGAUGCAGAUACUUGUAGGAUAUGUAGAGGUGAAGGCAGCGAUACGGAACCUCUUUUCCACCCGUGCAAAUGUAGCGGCAGUAUCAAAUACGUGCACCAAGACUGCUUGAUGGAGUGGCUAUCACAUUCUCAGAAGAAGCACUGCGAGCUUUGCAAAACCGCUUUUCGAUUCACGAAGCUCUACUCUCCCAACAUGCCACAGUCACUACCUUUCCAUAUCCUGCUACGACACGUUGCCAUCCAUACGGCCAAGAACCUGGCGACUUGGUUGAGAUUCUGCUUGGUGGUUACAGUUUGGUUAGGCUUGCUCCCAUUCGUUAUACGACAGGUAUGGCGGCUGUUGUUUUGGUUCAGCGAUGGUGGUUGGCCGUCAAAUUACAUUGCCUACGGUACAACUCGAAAUGCUACCUCGAAGGAAGCACUCGAGAUGCUUCGAGAAUUGCAACAACUUGCCACUAUGACAGGAAAUGGUACUUCCCCAGUGUCUCCUCUGCAAGCAAGUCAGACAUCAUCUGCCAGCGUUAGCGGAGUUAUGAACAAGCUCACUGGCCUACUUCGACCUGUCUCUCAGACUCUCAAUAUCACCAUCCCGGAUCCACUGGCCGCUGGCUUGUUUAAAUCUAUGCUCUAUGGACUUGGAUAUCAACAGGCUUCAGACAACCCAGUUGACAAUGCCACUGUGUCACAGGCUUUUAAUAGCCUUACAUCACCUUACAGAAGCCCUUCCUUGUUAAGCGAAGUCUCCUUUUUACGGAACUUGACUCGGCAUGCCUACGUCAAUCAGCUUGUCAUCACGGUUGCGGAGGGAUAUGUGAUUACUUUUGUGGUCGUCAUAUGCUUCAUCCUGGUCUUUUUGAUCAGAGAAUGGGUGGUGCAGCAACAACCAGGGAUCAAUAUGGGAGCUGGUUUCAACGCAGAGUUCGCUGCACCUGAGAGGCCAAGAGAUCAGGACGCCCUGCUAGGGCAACAGGAGGUAGCAGCUCACCAAGGUCCCGGUGCGAAUCUUUUGGGCAAUAGACCAGAGCGAAGAGAAGUUGGUCAGCACCCGAGGGGCCAUGGAAGACGCAGACAUCUUCACGUAGAAGGUGGAGCGGAGCACCGUCGACGCCACGCAGAAGGAACGCAAACACAUGAUCAGGAACCUGUGGUUGAGGCAGGAGCCUCGAAUCAAAGACCAUCUCCGGUUCGAGAUGCCUUAGCGCCAGCCGCCGAGAUUCAGAGGCAGCUCGAGGAACCUAGAAUGACAGAGGAAUUUCUUGCUAUUUGGAGACGCGCAAAGAGUGACCCAGAGGAGGUUCUGCGUAUCAUUGAAAGAGAAAAUAAGGGCGAGCAGAUGCGCUACUGGGUGAACGCGAUGAUCGUCCUCCGAAGUGCUCCAGAGCCUAGUCCACCGCAAGGGUUCAUUCCCGCUCAACCUUCCCAGCCAACGUCGCAGCCGGGAGCACAUGCCGGAAGCGUAUUCAACCCUGAUCAUCUUAACUCGAGUGGCAGAGGUGGCUCGAUUCUCGUUCAACCCGAGAGUGAUAGGAGUAGUGCUAGUUCUGACAGCUGGGUAGACCUUUCUCAGCCUUUAGCUUCCAGAGACACCAACCAUCUAUCGGCAAAUUCCAGACCAGAAGAUAGAUUAGGCACGUCUAGUCAUCCUUUAGAUAAAGGGAAAGGGAAGGCUCAAGAGCCAACGUCUCCUGUUUAUUCUUCCACUCAGGAUUCAGAAGACAUGCCCGCAUCCUCCCAAUUACCCCAAAAAGAGAACUACCCAGAUACACAUGAUCAUGGUCACAGAAUACAACAACAUCCGGUAUCUCCAGACAAUCCAGAUCCAUGGUCAAUGGUAUCCAGCCAAAAACCGUUCGUGGCGUCCCGACCAAGGGCUGUCUCGGACGGUCCAAAGUUGCGAGACACAAUUUCACCCUUGGCAAAUAACAACUGGACAUUUUCGAACUUGCCGGACAACAAUCACGAUGAGAUAACCCAGAUCCCUCGGGAAAUACAAAAUGAAAAUCGUCCCAUCAAUCAUCCACAAAGCCCAUUAGAUCCUGCUGCAAACAACCCGCUUCCACAUUCCAGUAGCCAAGUCCAAAUAAGGCAAGAUUGGAAUGGUGUGCCAGAACAACACUUUGUUCCAGAAGCAAAUGAGGCGGAACAUCCAAUAACACGCGCCUCGACGCCGGACUCAGAUGCGGAAGGGCCCGUUACAAUCAUUGGACUCGAUGGAAUUGAACGAACUCAUGCCAAUUGGGAUGCAGUAUUUGCAGCCAAUCCAAUGCCAGCUGACUCCGAUUCUGACAGCGACCCUGAAGAUGAAGGGCCACAUCCAAAUGCUUCCGAAUUUGACAUGCCUCUUCUUGAACCACGUGAGCCAGUUGUUGUCCGCCAGCCUGAACCUCAGGGAAUCCUGGCCAACGUGGCUGACUUUCUUUGGGGUGGUGUUGGUGAUGUUCGACCAGAUGAUCAAGGCGCGAACGACGAACACAUAGUCCAUGAUCUUGCUGCAGAAGCCCCUUUCGUUCCUGUCAACAACGGUCCUUUCGAGGAAGGUGAGGACGGUGGCGAGCAAGAUCGUGAGGUUGUUGAGGCUGCGAUCGCUGCUGGUAUUGACCCCAAUGAUCAAGACGCUAUUGAUGAUGCAGAAGAUUUCGAAGGAAUUAUGGAGUUAGUAGGGAUGCGUGGCCCGAUAUUCAGUCUUAUACAGAAUGCCUUAUUCAGUGCAUUUCUAUUAGCACUGACCGUCGCCUUUGGCGCCUGGAUACCUUAUAACAUUGGAAGAGUUUCGCUUCUCCUGUUAGCGAACCCCGGGCCUGCCUUCAAACUCCCGCUAAGGCUUGUCUUUGGUUGCGCUGCCCUUUUGCAAGACCUAGCAUUGUCAGUGGCGGGCGUGGUGUCAUAUUGUCUAAUCGCCAUCCUCUCCAUGCCCAUUACCUUCUGGAGUUACCUCACGUCUUCUGCCUCUCCUUCUCUCGCAGUCCAAGGGCUGAGUCUUGGUUCGGCAGCACUGAGUAUCUCUCGCGGCGCUCUCGACAGGAUCAUGGACGGCUUCGUGAACAGCGUUGUUCAUAUUGCCGAUUCUGAGAUAUUCGCAUUCUCUGCUGCUUCGCAUGAAUCACUCAUCACACUGCAGUCAUUACUGGUAGAUAGCCUUACAGGUCUUGGGAGUCGGGUUCGCUACCUGUUUGUGGGAGACUCUCGCGUGACUGUGAACGGCUGUCUCGUGUUAUCCAUAGAUGCAUUCAACUACCUAUGGCAUUUGGCCAAGGGACUGCCCGAGUUUCUCGCUCGUCCUGAUUCAUGGGUCAUCAGUCUAGAACUUGGGAAAAGAAAGUCACCUCUUGAUCUUGAGCUUAGCGUCUGGAGCACUGCUGACCGCUUCUGGGCUACUGUAGCGGGUUAUACUGCUAUUAGUGUGCUCGGUGCCCUCUAUGUCAAAAAAGGGUCACCAUUUUCGACUAGACAAAUUAGACGGGAAUGGGAGGCAACCAUCAUCGAUCUCCUCAACCAAGCGGGCGGCGUCAUGAAAGUCAUUUUGAUCAUCAGCAUCGAGAUGUUAGUUUUUCCCUUAUAUUGCGGUCUACUACUGGACGCUGCACUCCUACCCCUAUUCGAGAACACGACGAUUAUGUCACGGCUCCUAUUCACAAUCGAAUCGCCACUCACCUCAAUCUUUGUACAUUGGUUCGUUGGAACUUGUUACAUGUUCCACUUUGCUCUUUUCGUUUCUAUGUGUCGGAAGAUCAUGCGGAAGGGGGUUCUUUACUUCAUUCGCGAUCCAGAUGAUCCGACGUUUCAUCCCGUCAGGGACGUGCUAGAACGAAACGUAGCAACACAACUUCGAAAGAUUCUGUUCAGCGCCCUUGUUUAUGGAGGCUUGGUCGUCAUUUGUUUAGGGGGCGUAGUAUGGGGGCUUGCAUAUGCAUUUAAAGGCGUCUUACCCAUCCAUUGGUCCUCUAACGAGCCGGUUCUGGAGUUUCCUAUUGAUCUUCUAUUUUACAACUUCUUGAUGCCUUUGGCGGUCAAAUUUUUCAAGCCGUCCGACGGCCUCCACGCGAUGUACACUUGGUGGUUCCGACAGUGUGCCAGGAUGCUCCGACUCACCUGGUUUAUGUUUGAUGAACGAAAGGAGGACGAGGAAGGCUACCAAGUGAGACGGACGUGGGGUGAUAUCUUCCGUGGCGCUAAAGGCGACACAUUCCUUCGCUACACCCAGGACGAUCUCAGUGAACCAUUCAUUCUUGAUCCUGAGCUCAAAGCAUACUUCUAUCAUGACGGUCGAUAUGUGAGGGCCCCUGCUUCAGAUCAGGUUCGGAUCCCGAAGAACACGAGUAUCUUCCUUGAAGUGGAUGAGUUCAACGAGCGUGUGGAUGGAAAGUGGGACCGUCCAGAUGGUGUUCACGGGAAGCAGUCAAGCUUGUACAAGCAUGUCUAUAUUCCGCCUUGGUUCCGUGUACGAAUCUUCCUCUUCAUCCUAUCGAUCUGGCUCUUCGCAGCUUUGACUGGUGUCUCGAUCACUGUCGUGCCAUUGGUCUUCGGGCGACAAGUUUUUGCCAAAAUCAUACCUCCUCAUGUCCGCAAGAAUGAUGUAUAUGCGUUCUCAAUAGGAAUCUACGUCCUAGGCUCAGCACUGUACGCCUUCGUACACCUUGGGAAAUUCUUCACCUAUAUCAAAGCAGCCUUGACUAUCAAUGCCAAUACGCCAAAGAAUGUUCUCCGACAAGUUACGAAAAUUUCUCUACGAAUCGGUCGGAUAGCCUGGACAUACACCGCAUUCCUAUGCAUUCUCCCAACGCUUUUUGCAUUCCUCGUGGAGUUUUACUUCAUUGUACCACUGCACACUUAUUUUGCAGCUGAAGAACGCCACGUAGUACACUUCGUACAGAGUUGGACCCUAGGUCUACUUUACCUCAAGCUUACGACGCGGAUUAUACUUUGGUACGAAGACUCUCGGCCGGCGCAGUCAUUGCGAGCCAUUAUACGAGACGGAUAUUUGAACCCGAAUGCGUGGCUCGCAACACGCAGCUUCAUCCUCCCUGUGGGACUCGCACUUUGCUUUGCUCUAUCGAUGCCUUGGGCUAUGGCGCGAGUUACGGUCCUCACAGCACUGAAGAACAACCCAGAGAAGCAUAUGCUUGCGUAUAGGUACGCAUAUCCGAUGUGUCUCUGCCUUUUUUGCAUCGGUUUCGCAUUUUACAUCUUGCUAGGAUGGUUGAAAGACUGGAGAAUGAAAAUUAAAGAUGAGGUGUAUUUGAUUGGAGAGCGACUACAUAAUUUCGGGGAUAGGAAGGCUACCAAUGGUGUGAGCAUACCUACCUCGAGAAGACUCGAGACUUGAUUUGAUGGCGAACUUGAUAUGAGAGGCAUGAUCGCAAUAGAGACGAUUGAUGCAUGAUUGCACGUUUGCAUCGCGAUGGUUGGGUGCUUCGGUUUGGCUGGCGUUUGAGGGAUACCAUAUUGCCUGAGGGCUCAUCUUUCUUUCUCCUUUCUGUGUAUUGUAAAUUAUCUCUUCUACCGAGAAACAAUAUCAGCCACUGGCAUAUUACCAAGCAGCCUCCCACCCUUUGACAAUGAUUCGAGCACGG